UUGAGAUCUUAUCUUUCACCAUUUGUAUCUUGAAAAGAAAACAAAAAUGCAGUUCCCACAACAAUUUUUGUUCAUUUUUAUGUUUUCAGUAAUGAUUGUAUGCAAUGUUUGUGAGUCCCAAAAUUGUGCUAAUCCACCAAAGUGGGUUACUGUUAGCAAGUCAGGCAAAGCAAAUUUUCAAACAAUUCAAAGUGCCAUUAACUCUAUUCCAGAACAAAAUUCUCAAUGGAUUCACAUCCAAAUUUCUCCUGGCGUUUACACAGAACAAGUCCUAAUUCCGAUGAGCAAACCAUGCAUUUAUCUAGAAGGAGCUGGUAGCCAAUUCACCAACAUCGAAUGGAGUAUCCAUCCUAAUCUUAAUGCUACUUUUAAUUCCCAAGCAAAUAAUAUUAUUGCAAGUGGGAUUACUUUCAAGAAUACACUCAACGCACCUGUAUCAGACGAAAUUGCAAUCACACAAGCUGUGGCAGCACGAAUUCAUGGAGAUAAAUGUGCUUUCUUUAAUUGUUCUUUUCUAGGGGUGCAAGACACCUUAUAUGAUGAAUAUGGUCGUCAUUACUACCAUAAUUGCUAUAUUCAAGGUGGGAUUGAUUUCAUAUUUGGGAAUGGUCAGUCAGUAUUUGAGGCAAGUGAAUUGUUUUUUUCAAUGGGUAAAAAUGGUCCCAAAAGGAGUGGGUGUUUUACGGCACAAGAAAGGGACUCACCAAAUGAUCCUAGUGGAUUUGUUUUUAAAAAUUGCAAAUUUACGGGGACAAAAGGAAAUGCUAUACUAGGGAGAUCUUUAAGGGCUUAUUCAAGAGUCAUCAUAACAAACUCAUUCCUAUCAGACGUGGUAACACCUGUGGGUUGGGGUGCUCGUACCUUUGCUGGCCAUGAACAAACUAUUACAUUUGUGGAGGAGGGAAAUACAGGACCAGGGGCAAAUAAAGUAAAACGUGCCAAAUGGAUUAAGCACUUAAGUGGACCGGAACUUGAUAAAUUCUUAGAUAUCUCUUUUAUUGAUAAAGAAGGGUGGAUUUCAAAAUUGCCAUCGAAGAUCUUCGUUUGAUUGAUUGCCAUAUUUUUGUUGUAAAAUUAGUUCACUUGCAAUUUUUUAUAUUCCCUUAAGGUGUAC